UGAUAUGUACGAGGAGUUCCCGUCCGCGCCUUCGAGGACUUCGGUGCGGACCUACUCGACAUUCGGCAGGCCGCCUACCCCUGCGCCGCCCCCUGCGCACAAUACAGCGCCGCGCACCGCUGCUGGAGAAGCGCCUCGUAUGACUGCUGCGGACCUUCGUCAACUCUUUGGAGAAGCGCCGCGCAUCGUUGGCGGUGACGCUCCCCGCGUCUUCGGAGGUGACGCACCUCGCACCUCUGGCGGAGAGGGCCCUCGCAACCCUACCGGCCAGUCCAUGUUCGGUCUUCCGCAUGGAAACUCGACCGGAGGAGGCCUACAGACUUGGUCGGACUUCGUAGCCGUUCAGGGAGACAGAGUCCCGAAGGCGGGACCAUCGCAGGGCUUCAAUGCGAGGCCGUCGCAAGGUCUUCCUGCAGGCACCUCGCAAGGCCUGAACGCAGGCACCUCGCAAGGCUUGAGCGCAGGGCCCUCCUCGGGCGCCAAUCUCGGUUCCUUCCGGGGCGUCAACGCAAGCACCACGCAGGGCCUCACUACGGGCGUGCCCCUCCCUCCUGCUUUCAGCCUAUUCUCCAACGCCGGUAACGCCAAUUUGUCGACUCAGGCGGGUUCCAGGUUCCCUUGAGCGUGUUUUUGGCGUGAUCAAGUCGACGAACGGGAGAUGUUGAGGUGGAAGAACGAGAGAUGCGCAGGAUGGGCACGAGAGCUACACUUGUACGAUAUAAUGUGGGCAGUGAGACAGAACGCAGGUUUUGGAUGCUUUUUGAAUACGGAUUGACGACAAUGCUAUUUAAAUCUGCGA